UAUACAAAAAUGAUACACACACACACAGUCGACACAACGAACUGUCAACGUCACACACAACAAACGAAAUCAAUGCGGUGUUAUCGUGUUGUGUUUUUUUCUGUUUCUUCUCAUCAUAUUCUUCAUAUAAAUUAGGGGUGGACAAUACACAGUUUUUUGUAUGUGUUUUUUUGUUUCGAUAAAUUUUUUUCCAACAAAUUCAUUCGAACUGAUACGCUGAAUGGAUUUGUCAAACAUUUCAAUCAUUCACUUAAUCGACUAGCAUACAAUUUGCUCAUUUUUCCUAACUAAAUACCAUGGAUGAAGUCGAUAACAUUAUCAUUCACUCAUUGCGACAAAUUGGGUGUAAACUUGAUGGUGAAGUAACAAGUUUGGUUGACUUUACGCCUGAACUGUUGGUACAUUGUACCGCAAAAUGUUUACAUCUCAUUCAACCAGAUCUUGAAGUACCUGAAAGUCUUCCACCAGGUAUAGCACAGCGCUACAAUGUGACCACUGCAUUGGCGGAGGCAUGUGCCUCAGUGGGAUUUCGUGGCGAUAUCGGUUAUCAAUCGUUCCUUUAUUCAAAUGUAACGGAGGUGCGUCGUGUAUUUAUGUUUUUGAUUGAGCGACUGCCAAAAGAAGCAGACAAAGAGCAUUUGGAUGAAAUUCAUACGGAUCGUAAAUCAUUGCUUGACCAUAACAUUCGACAAAAUAUUAAAAUUCAAUUGAAUGCCGCAUGGACACCGCAAUAUUGUAAAAAAUUUGGUGCACGUAAAUUUGGUAAUUUAAUUGCAAUUCAAGCAUCAAAUAAUGGUUUUUUACCGCAAAAGCUCAAUGUACCGCAUGCAAUUGAAAAGAAUCAAUCGAACGAGCUUAAUGAAUAUUGGUCAAAGCGUUCGCCAACAAUAUUCCAACAGACGACCAGUAGCAAUAUAUGUGCAUCGUUGAUUCACAAAAAUGAUCAGGAUUUAUUGGGUUCGCAGGUCACAAUCACUGCAAGCAAUGAUGAAAAUCAGAAACCAGUGCCAAUAUUGCAACGAAACUUUCGAAAAUUGAUAAAAAUUCAAAAAUCAAUCGUUGCACCAUCGUCAUACAUAAAAAAAGACAACCUAAAAAAUGUGACAUCGGUACAACAAUUGGCAUUGAACAAUGUUGAAAUUCCAAAUGAAAAUGAUAUUGUGGUUAUGCCAGAGAUUCGUGAAUCGGAUGCCAUACGAUUUGAAAUUGAAAAAAUGAAAGCUGAAAUUAAGAAUUUACUACAGCAUCGUCAAGAUCUACAAUCACAAAUGGCUGAAUGUAAAACAAGCGCUAAAACAUUAACCGAUCAAUUGCCACAAUUGCAAAGUGAGAGAAAACUAAAAGAACGUACGCAUUUGCUAUUGGAAAAUCCAGAAGAGAAUAUUGAGAAAAUGAACAAAGUGCUGGCCACAUCACAUGAACGUAUCAAAAAAUUGAAAGAUCAAUGGGACGAGCAUCGUAUUCCAUUGGAACAACAAAUUGAAAUUGCACGAGGCUCUUCCAACUCAAAAUAUUCACACACAAAGCAACUUCUUGACGAAAUUAAAUUAACGAAAGAGGAGACCGAAGAAUUGGCCGAUAAAUUGAAACAAAAAGCCACACUACAUGCAAAACUAGUCGAUGAAUUUGAAAAAAAUAACCGGAAUUUAAACAGGAAUUCGUAUACAUCGCGCAUUUUAGAAAUUAUCGGAAAUAUUCGCAAGCAAAAAGCCAGCAUCGAUAAAGUUUUAAGCGAUACGCGUGAUAUACAGAAAGAAAUCAACACAAUAAAUGGUCAACUCGAUCGACAGUUUACCGUGACCGAUGAUCUGCUAUUCAAAACAGCAAAAAAAGACGAGCCAUCGAAAAAGGCUUAUAAGCUAUUGGCAACAUUACAUUCGAAUUGUGGUGACUUAAUACAAAUGGUUAAUGAAACGGGCCAAGUGGAACGUGAGAUUCGUGACCUUGAAGAUCAAAUUGAAAAUGAACGUGAUCGGAAUAUUCCCGAUAAUUUUAAACGCAUAACAAACGAUUUAAAAUUACUGGAAACCGAAGCCAAGGAAUUACAAGAGAAAAUAAACGUGCUCAAAUUGUAGCCUUCUUAGUUGCCUGUUCUGUACUAGAUUGUAGUUUCAAUAACAAUACAUCACAAACAAAUGUCAGUUAAUUAUGGGAUCACUAUAUAUAUAUAGUAGUACACAGAUUUUAGCCAAACAAACAAACAUGUGGAGCAAAGUUUUAAGAGUGCAGAUGCCACAGAUGCCACAGAUGAUUUAGUAUUUUUUCAAAACACACACACACCUAAACACAUAAACGCAUUUCAAUUGAGAUGGUGUGUUUGUCGUUAAACUGGAUUUUAUCACAUUAAAAUCAUUAUUAAAAGAGAGAAAAGUGUUCUUGUUAAGAUUAUUACAUGCAAUUAUUAAAAUAAAGAGACAAAAGACUCAUAGAGAUUUAAAUCA